UAAAGCAGCUGAAAAGAGAGUUCCACAGACUAACACCUGCCGGGGCUCUGUGUGCUAGGUGGAAGCCGAGCAAACUGGAAAUAUGUUUUGCUAAACGGAGGAGCUAAGAAACAUUAGGGAAAGCAGAAACAAGGAUGAAGAAGCAUAAUUCAGUUCAGGGAACCUUUAGCCGACUCUUUGGGAAAAAGCAUGCCAACAAUUCUACCAGCUCUCUCUUUGUCACCAACCCUCCUUGGAUCUUCACACAAGAGGUCACCUCUGACAGCCUGAAAACCUCAGGUGAAGCGGAUGGCAUUUAUUAUGGCGGUAAUCGCUUUGGGUCAAUAACAGAUUCCGGAACAGCCACACUUAAACCACGUCCAAGAGUGCGCCCUCUGCUCACUUUCUUGCCUCUAGAUGCUCACGAAGCACAUGGGGUAGCUGUACCAACACCAUCUGUUCCAGAAAGCUUUCAGGACAAACUACCUGCAGGUUCACAAAUCAAUGGCAGUUAUAGAAAGUACAAUUCAGUAAUUGACCUGAGGACAAAGGCAUUUGGGGAGGAUUAUUUGGAUGAUGACAACAUUCCACCACCACCUUCAAUUCCUCCUCCUUCACCACCACCACUUUCAGUUGAUUUACCACCAGUUUCACCUUCUUUGGUAUUUCCACCUCCACCUUCCAUAGUAGCUCCACCUCCACCACCAAUGACUCCUCCACCUCCACCACCAAUGACUCCACCACCUCCACCACCAAUGACUCUUCCACCUCCACCUCCACCUCCACCAGCAUUGCCAGUUCCAUGUCUUUCAACUAUGGCUCCAUCGUCAUUCCCAUAUUCCAAUGUGUCUUCUCCCAGUACUCCAACUCCACCAGACUUCAUUCCUCCCCCUCCCCCUCCUCUCCCCCCUCCAGAUUUUAUGGAUACUACAGUAUCUUCUAUUCCUCCACUUUCAUUACCAGUUCAUACACAACUCUUCUCAAAUGGUGUGUCCAAAUGGAAAUCAGAGACUUCUCUCAAUUCUCCAGCAAUACCUAUUCACAAGGAGACACAGUUACCACAAUCCAGCCCAGAGCCUCAUCUCAUUUUCCCUAAAUCAUUAAAAGUACCCCCUCCAACCCCCAUGAGAACAUCAUCAAUUUCUUCGGGAGAAAAAGACUCCAGUCCCAAAGAAUAUUUACUUAGAAUGGCACCUGACAGUCUGUCACCUACUGUACAAUCUGCUACCAUAGUUUACGCAGAGGCAGAAGCUAGAGCCAAAACUACUAUGGAAAAGCAUUCUGCUUUAGCCACAGAAUCUGAAAUAUCAGAUUCCAAAAGUCGCCCACGGAAGAAAAAACAAAAUUUAUCUUGGUCCACUGAAGAAAGAACAGAAUUUUCAUCUCCAGAUCAUGCAUCGUCUGAUGAUGAUAUCUGGAAAGAACGUUGCAAUUUAGAUAAGUUGAAGAAUGAACUGUCAACCCUACUGUCCUCAACUUGUAGAAAGGAAGACCGACCAGCUGAAAGGAUUACAGUUUCUAAAGCUAAAGGCACAGAUAUUGAUAGCAACAAUAUUACUACAGAUGAAUUAAAACUAGUUAAGCAUGAUGUGAAAAAAACACGUUUAUCACAAGGAGCCGAGAAUGAGAAGAGAGAAAAUAAAUGUGCCAAUAAUUCUCCAGCUAAAUCUUUCACCAAAGAUGCUUUCUCAACUACAGACAAAUUUCCCACCACUCAAGAAAACUGUGCUAUGAAACUGAAAGAGGAGUUGGAAGCUUUAUUGUGUCCAGUCAAGGAAGGAGGCCCACCUUUGGCACUUGCAAACCUGAGACAUAAUCCAGAAACAAGAAAACAAGUUACUCUUCAGUUUUCUGGCAAUAAGGUCAAUAAUGGUGAGUUGAAAUUUUCGACAGCAAAACUGGAAGGUACAGAGAAAGAACCAACAAUGCCUAGUGCACCUGUCCAAACAUGCAAGUCACCAGUUUCAUCUUUAAAAAACAAAAGUGGACAUUUGGGUCCAGCUACAUCUUCCUCUUCUAAUUCUGAGGUUACCUUACUCACACAGACUGCUUCUCCCAUCAAGGAUCUCUCUGUGCAAUAUACGACUCAUACGUCGAGACUGGAACCUGUUGACAGCCUUGUCUCUGCAAUUUCUUCCCAAGCUGCACAUGAUGGACUCAGCAGCUCAUGUAAUAAUGAAAAUCAAAGAGAUUCUACUGGAAACAUGCCCUCAACAACAUCCAAACUAUCUAGGAAUGCAAAGCAACCGAGCAAUGAUAUUCUGUUUCAUCCUGUUACAGGAGAAAAAAUAGAGAAAGGGUCUCCAAUGGCUCUUCUUUUGGCUGCACAACAGCGGGCCAAUAGAGUCAAAUGUUCUGCUUCUGCCUCUCAAAAUAAUAGUUCUUUAUUGGAGAAACCUCAGCUCAAAUUGAACAAUAGCAGCCAAUCAGAGAAUGGCUUAUCCACCAUUUAUUACAGCAAUUCAAAACCCAACACUAUCAAGGUUGUCCCAAAGUUCCCACAUGAGGACUUAUUGGCAGUCUCUGAAAGUAAGCAGUGUAAUGGAUCAAAUGCAUCCAACAAUAAUGUCAGGAGUUCUUCAGAACAAAGUGAAAAUAUGCCACAAAUAUUUUCCAACACUACUGAACAAUGCAGGAGUACAAUGAAAUUCAGGGAGAUAACUGAGUCUCAGAGUCUUUCAUCAAAUAAGUGUGGUUCUUCUAUUUUGCUUCACAACUCAAAUUCCAGUCACUUGAAGCAGCAAGAUCUAUUGAGCACAUCCAAAAGUCCUUUUCACUUUUCCCCUCCACCCCAAAACCAUACAGUUAAGAAUGAUGAGGUGGAAGAAGGAUUCAAUUAUGAAAUAAUUCCUCCACCACCAGAGUUCAGCAAUGAUACCUCUGAAAUCCCAAAGUUGUCUUCAGAUAUUCAGAUCUCAGAUAUGCAACUUAAUUUCAACAACUCAAGCUAUAACCAUGGCAACAGUUAUUCUCUGACAUCAGCAGUCCAAAGGCCUAGUGACUAUAGUCACCAUUAUCCAGGUGGCAGCUCUACCUCCAAUUACCUUAGUAGCUGUUCCAAUAGCCGCCCCCUAAUUAAAAAACGUCUUUAUCUAUCAGAGACUGAUGACUUAUAUAGUAGGACAGCUAUGUCUGCUCGCAGUAUGAGCACACCUAACUCCUAUGGCUACAACUCUUCAGCUGUGGAAGGGAUUCAUCGAGCAAAUUAUUCUCACAGAAAUGUUCCCAAUGGUACACAGGGUCGAAGAGUAUCCUUGGAAAUACCUGGAAAAAUUAUAACUUACAAUAUUUCUGUCAAUGAUGUUCCAUAUAAAAGCCAAAAUGGAGACUAUUCCACCAAUGCCUCUGGCAGGCCUUUCCGUGUUAAUCCACAAUAUGGAACUCAAAAUACAUUUACUGUCAGGCCUGGAACAAGACAACCCAUUUCUUAUUCCUACCAAGGUCUUCAUUAAGACCUUUCUGUCAGAAGCUCUGCAUCUGCACACAGCUUGGGUCAAGCUUGUUAUUACUCAACCUGGACCUCAUUCUUUGUUCUGUAUUAUAACUUGCCUUUGUAUAUCUCCAUAAGACCUGUAUCUUUUUGUAAGCAUAUUAGUUUUAAGUUAUUCAGACAAUAUUAUGAAUGAGUCUUAUGAAGCUAUCUUGGUAACCAGCUUCUUUGCAUAACGUAAGAAUACCUAUGUGUCUUCAUUCUAGGGCACAUUUGACUAAUAGGUGUCUAUGCUUUGAAGACGGGCAUGGAGUACAUUUUACCUUACUAGCACCAUCUUUACAAACAUGCAUUGGUCAUUUAGGAAAAGCAAGCAAAAGAGGAAGAGUGCAACAGAAAGGUGAAGCAGAGAAUCCAAGAUAAAGAAUGAGUUCAGCAACCCAUUCAUGGCUACUCUAGAUCAGCCAUGCAUGGCCUAGAAAUCCAACUGUUAGCUGGAAGAAAAUGGCACAGUAGUGGGAAAAGAAAGGAGGAGUUCAGCGGAAUAAAAGAUGAGCAAGAGAGAAGGAUUGAAAUUUUGUGAUACUUGCAGUUUCAAUAGUGCUAGCACAAAAGAAAGUGCAUCUCUAAGUUGUACCCACUAUUUUUUUUGUUUAUCACACCAUUGUUAGAAUCCUGAACAGAAAAGAAGAGAGAAACUCAGGAGCCCUUGUCAAAUAUUCUUAGAUCUAGCAAAAUAUUUGAGACUGAACUUCUUCAAAAUCGUUUUUAGUCAUUUAGAUUUUGCACUUUCUACAUUUACAGAUAAAAAUGAUAGCCAUUCUAAAGACAUUAUAUAAUUCUUGCGGUCCCCUUUAAAAACACACAGCUGAAUUUAAUUUGGGAGCCAUUUUUAAUUAAAAACUGUACAAGAUUUAAAUGAACCAAACAACACAUAUCUGCCAGGAUAAUCUGGCGAUUCAUUGCUGCAUUGUUUUAGUUUUCAAGAAUGCAAUCAUUCUAUCUACAACCUUGUUUUUCUUAUGGUUUUUUAUUUUGGUUUAGGAGUUAAAAAUAUUUAAUGGAUAUGAGAGGUAUUUAGUAGAACAGGUGCCAGCAUCUGUACAAAUUAAUAUCAAAUUAUAUCUCUGUAAUCAAAGGGGAAACAGUGCAUGCUUAAAGGUCACCUUGGAAAAUUUCCAAUAUGUUUGUUUGGAGGUAAAUCUUAUGGGAUUUACUAUCUAAGUAGAGGAAAACAGCUGUAAUCCAUUUUGGCUUGUAUUGGUUAUACAUGAGAUUUACAGGUAGUCUUUGAAUUACAGCCAUUCAUUUAGCAAUUGUUCAGAAUUACAGCGCUGAAAAAGUGACUUACAAAUGGUCCUCACACUUGCGACUGUUGUAGCAUCUCUGCGGUCAUGCGAUCAAAAUUCACCUGCUUAACCACUGGCAUGUAUUUAUAAUGGUUGCAGCAUUUCCAGGGUCAUGUGAUUGACAUUUGCGACCUCUCCAGUUGACAAGCCAAUCAAUGGAGAAAGCUGAUUUGCUUAAUGGUCACAUGAUUCAACUUAACAACUUCAAUUAUUAAUAACCAUGAGCAAAAAAAAUCAUAAAAUUGGGCACAGAUCAUUUAGCAACCACCUUACUUAAUAAUAGAAAUUCUGCUUCCAGUUAUGGUUGCAAUUAAUGGCUUACCUGUAGACCAAUAAUCUAUGGAUUUAGUUCUAGUUUUUAGAACUGAGAGGGAAAGUGGCCUUCUCAAUUUAUUUAUAUAGAUUUUGCAAAUAAACAAGAAUAUAGCCAUUAUUUUUUAUAUAAAGGAUUAUUUAUUUAUAUAAUGGAUAACAGUUUAAAUUAUAAAGCAUCUAUGAAAGAGACCUAAAACAAGAUGAAUGGAUGACAUCAAGUAUUACGGGCCCAAUUGGCAAAACAAAGCUCAAAACAAAGACCGUAUUAGGUGGAAACAGGCAGAAGAGGCCUUCGUCCUGCAGUUGAUAGACAAUGGCUAAAACGAUAAUGAAGAUGAUGAAUGAUGAUGAUGAUGAUGAUAAUUUGAGUUUGAGUUCUAGGGAUGCUUCCCAUUUACAGCAAUUAAAUGUUUCCAAACAUUUAAGUAAAAAUUGUUUAAAUAGGUAUAGUUUGCAAAGCAUCUUCUAUAUUGUAUUUAUGCACUCUAUUUACAUAUUAUUUUAUUUCUUGCUUGUAUAUAUAUUCAUGAACCUAGAAUAAAGCCACCUCUAUCAGGAAUCAGAGUAAAUCUACUUUAAACAGAAGAUGGGUGGGAUGAAAGGAAGUAAAUUGUUAGUUAUUUCAUUUAUGUUUUUUUCCUUUGAUUUUUUUUUUUGUUCUGUAUUUUUACUGCCAGGAUGGAAAGAUGUAUUUUGUGAUUUUUCUGCCUCAUGUGUUAGAGGAACUACCCAUUUGUUGCUCUGCUUCAGGCAAGGGAACAACUUGGACUAACCCUGAUUAUAACCUUUGAUAGUAAGAUAAACUGAUUG